UUCACACACCCUUUUGAUCUCUUAUUCGCACACAUUUCACUUUUUCUUCUGGGUUGCUUUCUCCCUCUCAAAAUUUGCUCCUUUUUUUUUUUGGCUCUUAUGGUAACAGUGUACAUGUAAUGGUAGUACUUUCGAUGGACAGAAGAAGAAUGCUGCUUUUGAAUCCUUUCCGUAGAAGAUCAGAGCUAGCUUCAACUUUGUUUCUUCUUCUUUACUCUCUGUUUGUUAUUCUGUUGCACUUCUCCUACAUCAUUGGAAUGGUUAUUUGAUGAUCUUCUAUUCAGCUACUCAGCAUGCUACUUACUAGACACACCAGGUUUUAUCUGUGUUGUUCAUACUCGUUUUCUGGGUGAAUUAGUAUGAAACAAUCAACAACUUCGUUGGAGUCAUGUUAAAUCUGACUCUGGUUCUUCUUAUACUUCAUAAUCUGAUUCCUUUCUCCUCAGAAGACACUUUGUUUUCCUCUCCCUUAAUGCUUGUUUUAUGUGAUGCUAAGUGCAGUGUGUAGCUGAAACACUCCUACAUCUACAUGUUUUCUUCAUCUAUUUUUUUGUUGUGCUUCUAUUAUGAACUCAUCUAUCUUUCUCUACAUAGAUAGUGAGACAUAUCUAAAGAGAGUUUCAGAUUUGAGAAGAGUUGAUAUUGGUGAUACAGUUACACAUGAAUUGUUAAGGUUUACUAAACUAAACCCUAAUCUUUUACCUAGUGAAUUACAUAGCUUAAUUGGUCAUGGAGUCUGCUUAUUCAUUCAUCUUGUUUGUGCUGGUGGUAGCUCUUACACAAACUUUAUUUCACUUUAGCCACUUUCCUCUUGCUUUCAUUUAAACCAUGGUAGUAUAUGUCUAUAAAAUACUUGCUGUUACUAAGGCCCGCCCACUUAGUAACAGGCCGUUUCCAUGCCCUUCCAAGAUCUUAAUGGAUUCUGUUUGAAAGUAAGGAAUGGGCUGGGCCUAGAUGGUAUGUACUGGGCUGGGCUUUGGCUGGUCCAGUCCAGAUUUCAUGUUCCCUUUGAACAGCUUGAAAGUUUUAGACUUCCUAGUUCAAACAGAGAAGCAUGUGCUAUGUAGUUCUGAUUAAUCUAGAAACUGUUAACUACUCAAACAGGCCCAUAUGUAUGUUCCAAACAAAUGUUGUCUUUCAUGUUUAGGACAGAAGAUCUUAAAUUGGAGUUGCAUUGUUCUUUUGCUAAGAAAAAAAUUGAAAAAAUUAUAGAUUGAACGGCAGGGGUGAGUAUCACCCACUUCACAUUUUGAUACAUAUAAGGCUAGCUCUUACUGGUAUUGAUAGGUACUAUGAUCUUAAGGCCCAGUUAGAAAUGUUAAUGGAUUUUGUACCAACAGAUAGUAUGGGCUGGUACAAGCUGGAUUGGACCGGGCCUUGGAGGGUCCAAUCUAUCAAUUGAGUUUAGGUUAGGCCUCAACUUCCUAUCUGGCAUAAGAAAAAUAUUUGUUGACCAGUACUUUUUUCAAACAUCUACCUGACAACUUAAUAGUAACAUGUUAUAUGUCAAUAUACCAGGACUCCCCUGAGUUUUUUCAGAAAGUUCAUCAUGAGAAAAAGAUAGAAAGGUGUUCCAAGAGUUUUAUAAUAUUUGAAAUCUUUAGUUUAUUUCAUACUCAUCCUUUAAACAUCUUCAUGCAACUUCUUUCAUUUUCGGAUGAGUAUUCUAGUAGGACAUAGGAAGUUAAACUCUUGAUUUCACUCUCACUAAUGAAUCUUUCAUUUUACAUUUAUCAAAUUCUCACUUCACCUCCUUUCAUAUAGGAAUGAGUAUUUGGGAGCAUGAGUUUUACAAUUAGGUAUAUUCAUUAAGAAUGAAAGACAAUGAACCAAAAACUUUAUAGGAUGGAGAAUUUUGUAUAUCCUAUUUUGAUAUAACUUGUAGACUUCUUAGUCGUAUUUGUUUACCUAACAAAAUUUGUCUCUAUUGUUUACGACAAGGUCUCUUAAAUUGCACUUGCAUUGUUCUUAUUGUAAAAAAAAAGAAGAAUUGCAGAAAAUACUGUGGUGAGUGCAACUGUGGUAACCAUGUGCGUGAGAGUCCAUUUUUAUUAUACUGGAUGCAUCCCUUGAACUGUUGAUCAUAAAAAAACAAAAGCACUAAAUGACAUGAUAAGUCAUAUUCAUCAUUGCAUUGCACCACCUGUACUCAUUUCAUUGGCCUUCGCUACCAUUUUCUAUCACAAUUAUUGGAGGCUUGCGUUUAUGCAUUUGAUCUCUCGCUCUAACGUGUCAACUUUCAGAUGGAGCAUAAUAUAUAAGAUGUGACUACCAGGUUUGUCAUUUAUCAUAUAUCUUGGUCAAGUUCCUCCUUUUUAACACAUGGUUUACAAGUAAUGCAUCAAUAAUAAUGCUUAUUGAUAGAUGAUGUUUGUUUUAAAGUGGCAUAAACUAUAAACAACGUUUUUAUUUCAAAACUGUGACAGACAGGUGGCAUGAUGUAGCUACAGUGAUCAUUAUUUUAAAACUGCAUGAUAGAGGACUCGCAUAAUCUAUGAACAGUGAUGGUUGUUGCAUGACAGAAGAAUGGUUUAUUUGAAAAAUGUAUGAUAUAAUAAGAUUGACAAUAAUGUAUGAGUAAUGAUGUUUAUUUGAAAACUGUACGAUGGAAGAGGCAUUAGGGUGAGUCACUUUCCGAGAUCAGGGCUGAGAUAGUAUAAAUCUGGUUGAGAUUCAUGAAAAUUGCAUAACAUGUGUCCUUACAGUACCAAUGGAGCUGUUCUAAAGCAGAAAAGAGACUUUAUUGGGUGUGAUCUGCACCACACACUCAUCCAUCACCUAGCAUUCGUAGCUUUUCAGUUUUCAAUAAUUUAACAGCACGUUCCUGGAAAUCUGUGAUGUGAAUCUGAACCACACACUGAAGCAAUCAACCACACACGUCAUGCUACCUUAUCAUCUUUAUUAACCACCCAUUUCCACACCCAUUGAACUCAUCACUCACUGGAACCCUAGUUGUAAGUAAGAGAAAGGCUUCUUGCACUCAGCACCAAGUUCAUACCUCUCAUUCUUUGUAUAGAAUAUGGAGACUGUUCUUUCCAAUCACUCCCCACCUUUGGAAUUCAAGGGUUUGAGCAAGGAGGAAGAAGACUCACUUCUAGGGCAAGUUGAAAUAUGGAGGUACAUGACAAGCUUCACCGAUUCCAUGGCUCUAAAAGCUGUGGUAGAGCUUCGCAUAGCAGAUAUAAUAGACAGCUAUGGAAAGCCACUAUCCUUGUCUCAAAUUGUGGAGAACAUUGAGAACGCACCUUCUCCUGAUGCGAGUCUUCUGGAGAGAGUGAUGAGAGUGAUGGUGCGCAGAAAGAUCUUCAGCGCAGAGAAAUCAGAGACCGGAGAGACCCUUUAUGGCAUGACCCGUGCUUCCAAAUGGAUCCUACGGGACACGAAAAUUACCAUAGCACCCUUCUUGCUGCUGGAGAACCACCCAAUUCACCUCAACCCUGCUCACUACAUCAGUGAGAUUGUGAGAGAAGGCACCAAAAACGGCACUGCUUUCUUCAGGUGCCACGGGCACGAGCAAUUUGAGAUGACGGGGUUGGACUCCGAGUACAACAGGUUGUUCAAUGAGGGGAUGGUGUGCACCACUAGGUUUGUCACCAAGGCUGUGAUCAAUGGUUACAGAGAUGGGUUCAACAAGAUUGAGUCUUUGGUUGAUGUGGGAGGUGGCAUUGGAGGCUCUCUUUCUGAGAUUGUGAGGGCUUACCCUCACAUCAAAGGCAUCAACUUUGACUUGCCUCAUGUGGUUGCCACUGCACCCAACUUUGAUGGAAUCACUCAUGUCGGAGGUGACAUGUUCGUCUCCAUUCCUUCUGCUGACGCCAUUUACAUGAAGUGGAUUUUGCAUGAUUGGAGCGACGAGCACUGCGUGAAGAUCCUGAAGAACUGCAGAAAAGCGAUACCAGAGAAGACGGGAAAGGUGAUAAUUGUGGAUCAUGUGCUUCGACCCGAGGGGAACGAAGCCUUCACUGACGUUGGCAUUGCAUUUGACAUGAUGCUUCUGGCUCACAACGCCGGUGGCAAAGAGAGGACCGAAGAGAAUUGGAAGUGGCUAUUCAAAGAAACAGGGUUCGCACGUUACAACAUCAUCAAGAUCAACGCUCUCCCCUCCAUCAUCGAGGCGUAUCCGAUUUGAAGAACCAGGAACCCACUUCUGCUGCAUAUGUGUGGUGUUAUUGUUGCUGUCAUGAACAGCUUUAUGAUCUUCGUGUUAUAUCAUUUGGCUUUCUCUAGCCCUUAUGUUUGUGUACUAAAUAAAAACUACAAAAACGCCCACCACCACCAAAGUAAUGCAGGGUUCAUAUGGGUUAUAUGUAUAUGUUCCUUCGAGUGAGUGGUGUGUGGUUGUGAAGAAUCUGUUGCUCAUAUUUAAUGAAUGAAAUUUCUGGUGUGUAUAA